UGUGCUUGUCAGGUAAAAUCAACUACACACACCAACACCAUAGGAGAAGAAAAAAAAAAUGCUUUCUUUUUCACCCAUAACUUUAAUCAGUGUGGAGUAACCCUCACGAACCAGCCUUCCAAAAGUUCAACCCAGUUACCAUUUUCUUCCACAUUGUCCCAUUCUUUUAUGUGGCCUGUCACCAUCUCAUUUUACCUCUCUGCUACUUCUUAAACCAUAAUAGAGACAUAGACGCUAUAUUAUUAUUGUUAUUGUUUUUUUUUUCUUCAAAAUUUUGAAUUGUUUGUUUGAGAUUUGUGGCAUUGACAGUGAAACAAGUCGGCUUUUUGUCUGUUUCUCUGUGACCCCCUUUCACUCUCUACAUUCCUCCAAAUUUUGUCUUCAACUUGCACGCGCCUCUUCCACUCUUCUUCUUCUUCUUCUCUCAACUCAACAACAGAUUGAUAGAUAGAUAGAUAGAGUCAUGGGUUCCUAUCUAAGACCCCAUCUCUCCGAUGCCUUGUACUGUUUCUCUGAUCUAUCAAGGUAACACUCUCUCUUAGCUCUCUGCAACUUCUGCCUUAUCCUCAGAGAGAAACAAAAACAUUCGUUGUCUACUACUUUUGUUCUGUCUCCUAAAAAGGUCGGAAAUUUAGUUGAGUUUUGAGGUUGGUGUUUCGGAGAAGAAGAAAAAAAAUGAAGGACUUUCCUUCAUGCUUUGGUGAAAAUGCAGUUCAGGUUGCAGAUUCUUCAUCUUCAAGUUCGAGCAAAACUGCACAGAAUCUGGUUAUCUGCGUUUACCAAUGCCGGAUAUGGGGUAAGUGCUGCUUCAUAACCAUCACAUGGACUAAGAGCUUGAUGGGGCAAGGGCUUAGCGUAGGGAUCGAUGAUUAUUCUUCAAAUCAGUGUCUGUGUAAGGUGGAUAUCAAACCCUGGGUGUUCUCCAAGAGGAGGGGUUGUAAGAGCCUUGAGGCUUAUUCUUGUAAGAUUGAUGUGUAUUGGGACCUUUCCAAUGCUAGAUUUGGUGUUGGUCCUGAACCCUUGGAGGGGUUUUAUGUAGGAGUAGUUGUAGAUCGCCAAAUGGUUCUCCUUCUUGGAGAUUUGAGGAAAGAGGCUUUCAAGAAAUCCAGUGCUAUUCCAUUACCAUCCAAUGCUGUUUUUGUUGCCAAAAAAGAACAUGUCUUUGGCAAGAAAAUGUUUGGUAACAAGGCUGUGUUUUGUGACAAUGGUCAGAUUCAUGAUCUUGUCAUAGAAUGUGACACCUCUGGGGUGUCUGAUCCGUGCCUUAUAAUUCGAAUCGAUAGCAAAACCGUGAUGCAGGUGAAGCGGCUCAAGUGGAAGUUUAGGGGGAACCACACCAUCUUGGUGGAUGGUCUUGCAGUGGAAGUUUUCUGGGAUGUCUAUAAUUGGCUCUUUGGUGGAACAUCGCUUGGAAAUGCUGUCUUUAUGUUCAGAACAUGUAUCUCUGCGGAAAAAUUUUGGGCUGGUGAACCCCUUUCUGAUGCAAAUGUGGUGCAGUGGUCCUUCUCUCAGAGGUUUUCUGAGACCAAGUCGCAAGGUGUUGGCUUCUCACAUAUUUUAUAUGCGUGGAAGAACGACUAGAAGUUGUGGAAAUCCACCAUACUAACAGAACUUUUAGUGAGUUGUGAUUUUAUCAAGGAUGUGAUUGUUUUAGUACACUUGAUUAAAAGAUGAGUUGAGUACUUUUGUUUGUAUCGCUUCCACCCUUAAAAUUCAUACCCUCAAUAUAUCUGUGCAUUUGAACAGAUCGUGGACAUUUUUUUCUCUCCAAUUGGCUGUAUAUUUAUCUUCAAGUGUUAAUUUUAUGAUAUCCAUAUUGCAAAAAAAGUAGUCUACAGUUUGUUCUGUGAUAUUCAAGUACAUAUUCUCUGAAUUCUUUUAUCAGUAAUGUAUACCUGCUAUUCCCCUGUUUCA